AUGACCACUCCCAUCCCGUGUCCACCGUCUUUGCCAUUUCUGGGCCAUAUUACCUCCAUCGACAAGGAUCUGCCCCUACUUUCUUUCUCACUCCUAGCACAGCAAUAUGGCGAGAUAUACCAAUUCCAUCAGUUUUCGGUGAAAAAGGUCGUCGUCAGCUCGUAUGAGCUCAUGCACGAUGUCAGCGACGACAAGAAGUUCUUCAAAAAUAUCGGCGGGGUUCUUGAGCAAGUUAGGAAUGGUGUCGGCGAUGGUCUGGUCACAGCCAGACCAGACGAAGAGAAUUGGGGCCUCGCCCAUCGUCUCCUAACGCCCGCUUUCGGAGCGGUAGGCAUUCGCGACAUGUUCGACGAUAUGUGCGAUAUUGCCACCCAGCUGAUUGUGAAAUGGGAACGCUUUGGCCCUGGGGCUGUCAUCAAUCCCGCCGAGGAUUUCACCCGGCUGACUUUUGACACCAUCACCCUAUGCGCCAUGUCUCACAGGCUUAAUUCCUUCUAUCGAGAGACUAACCAUCCGUUUGUCCAGGCCAUGGUCGACUUCCUGCUCGAGUCUGGCCGUCGAACGUUCCGACCGUCAGUGGUCACGAAUGUAAUGGGCUAUAAUACGAAAUAUGAAGCAGAUAUCAAAGUCAUGACGGACCUUGCAAAUGACAUUAUCGCGGAUCGUAAGAAAAACCCAACAGAGAAGAACGACCUCUUGAACAGGAUGUUGAACGGAAAGGACCCGAAGACCGGAAAGGGACUCUCUGAUGAAAAUAUCAGAUAUAAUCUGCUCACCUUCCUCAUUGCCGGACACGAAACCACAUCCUCGAUAGCCACCUUAUCAUUCACGUUGUACUAUCUGCUCAAGAACCCGGAGGCAAUGCGCAAGCUGCGACAGGAGGUAGACGAAGUACUCGGUGACCAGCCUCCUCAGCUGCAAGACCUUAGCAAGCUGACAUAUCUCAACGCUUGUCUACGCGAGUGCCUGCGUUUGUCCCCAGCCUCACCCAUCCGCUCUGUUGAUGCGCGAGAUGAUACGGUCAUCGGUGGUGGAAAGUACACUAUUCAAAAGGGGCAAAGCGUGAUUAUAACCACCGGCAGAGCGCAGCGAGAUCCCAAAAUAUGGGGAGAGGAUGCAGACGAGUUCAAACCAGAGCGUAUGUUGGACGGCAAGUUCGACCAGCUUCCUCCCCAUGCAUGGCAACCGUUUGGCUUCGGCAUGCGAGCUUGCAUUGGUCGCGCGCUUGCCUGGCAAGAAAUGCUCAUUCUCAUCCCUCUCAUCCUUCAGCGCUUCGAUAUCGCGAUGGAGAACCCCUCGUAUGAGCUUGAGAUUAAGCAGACGCUUACAAUCAAGCCCAAGGAAUUCCACAUCCGUGCUGCUCCGCGUAAGGGCCGUGCUGUCCCCCUGGCGAUACCUAGUUCGUCGCUCCUCCAGGCUCGGCGCGGCGACGAGAAGAAACCGUCCAAGACAACCGUGCCUGUUCAGGAUACGGUGUCUAACACGCCAGUAUAUGUAAUGUACGGUUCGAACACCGGAACGUCGGAGACCUUCGCCCAGCGGAUAGCUAGUGAUGCUGCAUCCUAUGGUUUCCGCGCGAGUAUCGGAACCCUCGAUUCAUUCACAGGCAAGAUCCCUACAGACGGACCCGUCGUCAUCAUUACUGCAUCCUUCGAAGGCGAGCCUGCCGACAACGCGGCACACUUCGUCGAAUGGAUCACGAGCCUCAAAGGCAGCGAGCUCACAAAUGUUAGCUAUGGUCUGUUCGGUUGCGGCAAUCGCGAUUGGUACCAGUCGUAUCAGCGCAUUCCGACUCUGAUCGACCGUCUCCUGGAAGAACGCGGGGGAAGACGAUUGGUCCCUCGCGGAGUGGGCGACGCCAGCGCAGCAGAGUUCUUCGAGCGGUAUGAUGACUGGCAGGCGCAACUUUGGGAAUCGUUAUCGCAGGAAUACAAGACAGUUGUAAGCCAAUCGCCUGAUAUUCCUAGAGGUCUGGAGAUGAAAACAGUGGAUCCGGGUACCUUUCGAGCUUCGGUUUUGCGACAGCCGGAUGCUGCACUGGGUACCGUGGUGGAGAAUACUCUUCUCACUAAGCCCGGCACAUCUCCCAAGAGACAUAUUGUGUUCGAGCUCCCAGAAGGCAUGAGUACACGAGCGGGAGAUUACCUCGCCAUUCUCCCAUCCAACCCUGUUCGGGACGUACAGCGAGUUAUUGCGAGGUUUGGCCUAUCAGGCGAGCAGGAGAUCAUCCUAUCGACCACUGGUCCUACACCUCUGCCAGUCAAUCGACCUAUCGGCAUAUUUGCUCUCCUCUCUGGCUAUGUGGAAAUCUCGCAGCCUGCCACCACGCGCGAUCUCAACGUUUUGAUGUCGGCCGAGAACGCUCCGGUUGACUUUCUACGAGAAUUGACCUCCGAUUACUCAGGGAAAGUAGUCGCAAGGCGACUCAGCAUCCUCGACAUUCUCGAAGAUCACUCCUCUAUGAAGUUAUCGUUCGCGACGUACCUGCACAUGCUUCCGUCUAUGCGGGUGCGGCAGUACUCCAUCUCGUCCUCGCCGCUGUGGGAUGCACAACGCGUCUCGCUUACCGUCAGCGUUGUCGAUGCGCCAUCAAUCGCCGGGCGUAAGGAAGGCUUCCUCGGCGUCGCCUCCACGUACCUUGCGGGCCUGCGCCCCGGUGACAAAGUGCAAAUCGCCGUGCGCGCGUCGGCGACGGCGUUCCACCCGCCAGCGGACCCCACCAUUCCGAUGGUGAUGUUCGCAGCAGGCUCGGGGCUUGCACCCAUGCGCGGCUUCCUGCAGGAGCGUGCAAUGCAAAAGAAGGCAGGUCGCGAAGUCGCGAAGUCGCUUCUGUUCUUCGGGUGCCGAUCCCCCGAACUUGACUACCUCUACUCGGACUCGGACUUGAAAGAGUGGAUCGAGCUUGGAGUAGUUGAUGUAAGACCGGCGUUCUCGCGAGCCACAGAGCUUUCGCAUGGAUGCAAGUAUAUUCAAGAUCGUAUCUGGCUAGAUCGCGCGGACGUGAAUGAACUAUACGAUAAGCAUGCUAAGUUUUACACUUGCGGAGCUCGCAGAAUUGCACAGGGAAUCAAGGACGUCCUCUCGAAGAUGAUAAUGGACAGGCAUAAUGUCAACGAGUCAGAGGCCGAGGAGAUGUUUGAACGUGCAAUCCAAGGCAGUUGGCGCUAUGUGCGCUCAUCAGAGCCUCCCAUGACCAAUGCACCCCCCGCUCUUGCGUUCAAGCUGAAAUUGCUCAUUCCCCUACCAGUGGAAUCGCUUGCUCCUUAUCCCCCACAAGCACAGAGUGAGGUUGAGAGAGAGAGAUGGGGAGAGAGGAAGGAUAGGGGGCUACCCCGCGCUACAGGCUAG